GAUUUCCGUACAAUUGUGGUUGUGUUCCAAUAUUCACAUAGCCUGUAUAGCUUAUAACCUUAAAAUUGUCGUUAUUGUGCGUUAUUUUGAGAAAUUUCUCGUAACAAGGAUAAUUCUUUGAGGAAAAUCGGCAUUUUCGACAAAAUGUCGGCGAAGAGGAAAAGUGAUACCCAAGUGCCGGCCGAGGAAAGCGAUUUGUUGUCGAUCCGUCCCCUCGGCGCGGGCCAAGAAGUCGGCAGGUCGUGCAUUAUGUUAGAAUUUAAGGGAAAGAAGAUCAUGUUGGAUUGUGGCAUACAUCCCGGUCUAUCGGGUAUGGAUGCUCUUCCGUUUGUCGAUCUGGUUGAGGCUGACGAGAUCGACUUACUGUUAAUUUCUCAUUUUCACCUGGACCACUGUGGAGCGUUGCCCUGGUUUCUGCAAAAGACAAGCUUCAAGGGUCGUUGUUUUAUGACGCACGCCACCAAGGCUAUUUAUCGCUGGUUAUUAUCGGAUUACAUUAAGGUGAGCAACAUAGCCACCGAGCAGAUGCUGUACACAGAAUCUGAUCUGGAGACUAGUAUGGACAAGAUAGAAACGAUCAACUUCCACGAAGAGAAGGAUGUAUUUGGAAUCAAGUUUUGGGCAUACAAUGCUGGUCACGUAUUAGGCGCAGCUAUGUUUAUGAUCGAGAUUGCUGGCGUCAAGAUUCUGUACACCGGUGAUUUCAGCCGGCAGGAAGACAGGCACUUGAUGGCUGCCGAAAUCCCAAACAUUCAUCCUGACGUUCUGAUUACAGAGUCCACCUAUGGCACUCACAUCCACGAGAAGAGGGAGGAUCGGGAAGGCAGAUUCACAAAUCUCGUGCAUGAGAUUGUCAAUCGAGGCGGUAGAUGUUUGAUACCUGUGUUUGCGUUAGGAAGGGCACAGGAACUCCUUCUCAUCUUGGACGAGUAUUGGAGUCAGCAUUCGGAACUGCAUGAAAUACCAAUCUACUAUGCCUCUUCGUUAGCAAAAAAAUGUAUGGCUGUUUACCAGACAUAUGUCAAUGCUAUGAACGACAAAAUCAGACGACAAAUAGCCAUCAACAAUCCUUUCGUAUUCAAGCAUAUAUCAAAUUUGAAAGGGAUAGAUCAUUUCGAGGACAUCGGGCCGUGCGUGGUGAUGGCUUCGCCCGGCAUGAUGCAGAGUGGUCUGUCAAGAGAGUUAUUCGAAUCUUGGUGUACAGACGCGAAAAAUGGUGUCAUAAUAGCAGGCUAUUGUGUGGAGGGUACCCUAGCUAAGACUAUUUUAUCGGAGCCGGAAGAGAUCACGACUAUGUCCGGGCAAAAGCUGCCACUAAAAAUGUCCGUCGAUUAUAUAUCGUUUUCUGCUCACACCGAUUAUCAACAAACGUCCGAGUUCAUACGCACUUUAAAGCCGCCGCACGUAGUACUAGUGCACGGUGAACAAAACGAGAUGGGCCGAUUGAAAGCUGCGUUACAACGGGAGUACGAGGAUGAUCCGAGCACUAGUAUGGAAAUACACAAUCCACGAAAUACGGUAGCGGUGGAACUCUAUUUUAGAGGUGAGAAGACAGCCAAGGUAAUGGGCACGCUGGCAAUGGAAACUCCUAAACCAGGACAAAAGUUGUCGGGCGUGCUGGUUAAAAGGAACUUCAAUUAUCAUAUGCUGGCUCCGUGCGACCUGUCCAAAUAUACCGAUAUGAGUAUGAGUCAAGUUAUACAGCGACAGAGCGUGUACUUCUCCGCAUCAUUGCCUGUGCUAAAGCAUCUGCUGACGCAGAUAGCCGGUAACCUGGAGGUUGUAGACGACAAGAAGCUGAGAGUGUUCAAGAACGUUGAUGUGACGAUCGACGGCAAAAUCGUCACGAUGGAAUGGGUAGCGACGCCAGUCAACGAUAUGUAUGCGGAUUCCGUUUUAACGGCGAUACUGCAGGCCGAGAUAAUGGAUCAGUCACCGAAGAUACUACCCGCACCCACCAAAAUGGACCGGAUGCACUUCAAGGAAUGUCUCAUAGAGAUGCUGCAGGAGAUGUUCGGCGAGGAUUCCGUGCCCAAAAUAUUUAAGGGCGAGAAACUUUAUGUCACGGUGGAUGGUAAGAAGGCGCAUAUAGACUUGUUGAACUUGGAAGUGACUUGCAAGGAGGACGAAGUUUUCCAGCAAGUUGUGCAAACGGCAGUAAUGAAACUGCAUCAGUCGCUAGCGCCUCCUUGCGAUGUAAUUUAAUGUAUAAAUAGAUAUAUAUAACAUCGUUUUGAUAAAAACUAUUUUGUACCAUUAAAAAUAUAUUUAUUGUUUAUAAAUAAUAUCGAUAUUCAUUUCAUACACACAUAUAAUUUUAACUCAUAUUUCGCACAUCCCAUAUAAAUCAUGCAACUAUCAUAUCAUGUGUUAAUGAUAAUCAUCAUAUUAUUCUAAAGCAAUGUGAAAAUUAAUAUUUCACACUA